AAUAAUGUUACUAUUUACGUAAAUGAUUAUUGUUGUUACGUUUCGUGAACUGGCGAUGGUCGCUGGCACGACUACCACAGCAUUGAUCCUCGGCAUCGGCGCCGUUGCCAUUUGCCUCGUGCCUUGGUUCUGCUCGAAAUUCGCUGACGAAAACGACGAUCAGGUGACGGGGGUUGAAAAGCCAAUCGACCCUCGACCUCCGGUCGAGAAAAACUCGCCUCCGAGCAUGGGAUUCCGCGGGAUUUGCCUGCGGGCUUCCGACUUGGUAAAAGUGAUGAUCCCAAAGGCGUUCGCGACGUCGGACUUGUCCCGGGGAUCCGGGAACGGAGGGAGCGCUACGAAGCUGCCGAACGGGAGGAAAUUCUGUGGAGAAAACUCGCCGACCGAGCGGCCGGUUCCUGGCGCUCCACGAUUCGAUGAUUCCCGAGCUGGAACUCGACGCCUUUCGAGAGAGGCCGAGGAACCAGAUUUUGCGGAGGCUCAGGAGCUCCUGGAAGCGGGAACGAUUUCGAGCACAACGAACACUUCCGUUCGCGCGGGUGAAACGAGGGCAGCAAGCCCGGAAAACUGGUUCAGGGCGUUCGAGCGGAGGGCGGCAAGUUCGAAUUUCACGAGCAUCGAGCCAGUCGGAUCGAGUAUUUACAGACAAGAUUAUCAGCAGCGCUACGACGAUCCCCAAACCGAGAAUUCAACUUUGUCGAGAAUUCAGAAAAUUGGGGGAUGCAGAGGCCAGGAAGUGCCCCUCGAUCUCUCGGCACGAAGCGGCGUGCACGAGCUUUCGAAAAACGCUCUAAAUUACCGCUACGAAAACGUCAGUUCGUCGAAUUUUAGAAUCGAGAGUAAAGAAGCUAAAUGCGCUUUCAACGUGCCCGAAAGUGCGUCGGCUUCUUUAAGGGGCGAAAAAAAAUCGAACUCCAUCGACGAAAGCACGCAGGCCGGUGGGACGAGCGUGAAGAGAAAAGUGUUUCGCGACAUGCUCGAUUUGCUGGGGAUCAGGAAAGCCCCGGAGCCGAAAACGGGCGCCAGCACGAGUUCGGACUCCAUAAAGUUUUACGAGGCUCUCGCAAGCUCUUUUCCAACGGACGAGAACGACAACAUCGUGGCAAAUCGGGGGGAAAUUCCGCUGGAGAGCAAUCGAAAGCGCGACGAAUGGAGAGACCCGAAGGUCUCUUGCGAGGCUGGAUUUUCACGAAAAUUCAAAAAAAUCUUCACCUUCCGGAGCAACUUGAGCGAGAAGCUUUCGAGGCUCGGCGAAGAGGAGAAAAAACUCGACGGCGUUCGCCGCGCCCCCCGGACCGAAAUUUCUCUCCUGAAAAACGAUGCUGACUCGAGAGCGGAGCCGAAGACAGAAGAUUACCGAAGCAUCUCGACUUACCUCAAGAUGGCGAGCGUCGUGUCGCUCAACGACGAUUACCUGGAGCCUUGUACCGAGCUGUGAGAAGCCUCGUCACCAAGAAGCUCCAUCGAUUUAACCUAAUUUAUUAAAAUCCUCGUAAUUAUGUCGUUUCGUUGUAACCUGUUUCGUUCAUUUUAAAUCGUCAUUUUGCUUUUAAAUGAAAAAAAUGCUUACAAAUGGGAUAAUGAGAGUUUGAAAACAAUCCGAAAAUUCAGUACGAAAAACUGGACGAACGAUUGCGAUUCAGCGAUGAAAAACAAAAAAAACACAAUCAACGCACUGUUGUUAAACUGAAAAUUUAUUUAUCGUCUCGUUGCUCAUCCUUGUCACCACUUGGAAACGCGGCCCCGAAAGUCCGCGAGCGCGAUGUUGAGAUGCGUCCACUUUUGUACCUGCCAGCACACGAUCGACGACGUUUCUACAAAUUGAGCAGCUUGUAUCACCGAAUAAUACGAAAGUGAAGUACGAAUAAAUACGAGUGUACGUACGAAAGUGAAGAACGUAAAAAAAAGCGUUCGGAGGCCUUAAAUUGCGCCAAAUGAGUUUGGACGUUUCGGGCGCAGUGGCGUUUGCGAUUCCACGGGUGAAGCGAAACGCGUCGGAAGGCUGGACGAUAGCGAGUGAGCUGGUGAUUAACUGGCUAAUUUACGACGUGUGCGGUUAAGCACAAGCGAUUGUGAAGAAGAAAAAGUUAGUUGAGCACUGGACGGAUAGUGUGACAUUAAAAUCGACUUAGCGCGAUUGCACGUACGCGAGGGACGAUAUCGCCUGUCGCGUUUGCUCGACUUAUCACGAGGGAAUUAAGUUGAAAACAUUGGAAAAAGUGUUAUCCCUUAAGAGCGUGACACGCCCCUUAUCGUUGGCAUUAUUAAUAAACGCAUCGAUAAAGAUUGAGGCUCUUGUGACAUGGUCGAGGGGUCGCGUUCGCGAGAGUGAAAAUCCUCGCGGUGCGAAUAUUCGGGGGAGGGGAUUUUCGCCGACGAUUCGACCACCCGGUCGAGCCCCAAGGGCGAGAUGAAUUGACGAGUGUUUCGUUCGUACAACGAUUAAAAUGACGCUCGUCGAUCGAGCGAGGACAUUGUAAGAAAAUCGAGUUGAAAAUCAAUAGUCGGAUGGAAAAAUUUGCGGGAGCGCGGGGGUCACACUUGAGCCGGGAAUCUCGUUGCCCCUUAACUCCCGUGAAGUAAUAAUAUCGUCGGCGGCGUAAUAAAUACGAGGAAAGAUGGACGUGGCUGGGAGUGAGUUAUCGUCGUGAGGUAGAUUCCACUCGGCCUGAGCUCUGAGCUCGUUAAACCCGAUUUUUCGAAGCGUCGGAGCAACAAAAAGCUGCGAAAGUCGCACGCGCGCGAGCGAGCGAUCUCGCGCUCUCGAAAUAGCUUCGAUCUUCGGCACCGCGACGCGGCGGCAGCGUAAAACCGCACGGGGAUCCGCGUUAUUAUUCGUCCCCGACACAUCGAGAAUCCAACCGCCUGUAAACAUUGUUGAAUUCAUUUAAAAAUUACGAGAUCAAAGAAACGUUACGAGUCCGAGUUAAACGCGCGGAGAGAAGGUCGAAGAUCCUCGACCGCGAGACUCGCCUUCGAAUCUACAAUAAUAUUUAUGUUGUAACUGUGUUAUCGAUUAUUCCCAUGCUUUUUUCUCUCUCUCUUUCUCUCUCUUUCCAUAAAGAUAACAGUAAUGGGCACAACGACGCAUGUCGCGCGCAUUGUACACCGAGAUAAUACGAGCGCGUACACGUAAUAACAAUUGUCCAGCGCACGCGCUUUCGAUUUACUCUCUCGCAGCUCGAUCAUCAAUAAACCAUUAAUUUGCUUCAGA